AUGAAGGAUAACUGCCUUCGCCUGCGUCUCGUCGUUCGACGUCACUCCCUCCCCGAGGUCAGAAUCAUCCACCACGUCCCUCUGGAGAACGACCCAACCAUUGCCGACCUCGUCGACCAGAUCAACGAGAUCAUUCCCCUCGAGAGCCCGGAAUGGGGCCUUGAAGACUACGUAGUCGAGCUCCGCAACAAGGAAGGCUACGCCUUCGAAUGCCUGCACUUCCAGCAGGUUGCCAAUGUCCUCAAGGAUGAGGAAGAAGUAUUUGUCCGACCCCUCGUCACCGGUGACCGAAAGCGCCGUCUGCUGUCCGGCCGUGAGCAAAUUUCCAACGAUGGCAGACACCUGAUUGACGGCGUUCCCUUUGGCCGACCUCGGCUCCGGUCUCCCAGAGACAGGCCCCCGGUCGACAUCCCUCCUCUUAAGCGGAGAAGAAUCGAGUACAAUACAAUCGAGCAUGAUGACGAACAAGCUGAACCCCUCUUCCUCACCCGCAAUGGCGAAGGCUCUGAGGACCGUGAGAGCAUCCGACAAGUCCGCUUCAACAACGCCGGCUUCGAUACCAACGAGGACGAGGAAGAAGACGAUGACUUUGUCGACCAAGAGCAAUAUGGUGAUGAGGAUGAGGAAGAGGAGACCGAAGACGAAGAUGACGACUACGAGAUCAACCCAGACGAACUUGUGGAUGAACUCGAGGGUCUCCAAGAGGCCGAGUCAAGAGAAGAAACUCCAGCCGACGAGGACAACGUUGAACAGCCUGUCGACAUCAGCCCCGCCAAGUCUCAAAAGUCCAUCGACCUCUCAGACAUUGAUAGGAUCGCUGCUCUCCGGGCUGCUUUCCCCAGGGUCUCGGUCGACGUCUGCGAGAAGCUCCUCCUUCAGCACGAUAGCAACGAGAGGAAGGUUUACUGGAAGCUCCGACGCAGGAACCGUCCCCACAUGACCGUGCAACAGAUGCUAGCCUACAAGAGACGCCUGCAAAUCCAGGAACCUGAAGCAGCGAUGGAGGACGAACUCGAGGCGGAAGCUUCUGAACAGAGCGAUGCCGAAUCUGUCGCUUCUUUGGUCAAGCAUUACGAUGAGCACGGCUUCCCUGCCGGCUCCGUCCUCGAUGGCUCAGCUAACCGUCACAUGGUUGAGACCCUGCGCAUGUCGGGUCAAGAUGUCAAGCUUCCUGUUCACAAGAAGUUUGAUGAUGAUGAUGAGGAGGAUAAUGAGGGCACUGUCCAGCCCGCCAAAGUUGCUGCUCCGACUGACGAGAACGAGAUUCCUCUCGACUCAGAAGAGGAUGAUUUGGAGGCAGACCUUGAUUUCGACGAGGACGAAGAGGACUUGUCUGAAAAGGACUCUGACGCCUCUGACGCCUCUGACGACUCGGAUGCUGUUUCCCUCUCCGAUGGAGCGGAAGAGGUCUUGGACGAAGAUGAUCUGAACGAAUCCUCCGACGAAGGAUCCGCUGCUAGUGACAGCGAAAGUGGCCCCGAGGUCUAUACCACGAAAGUAAAGCCCCCCGCGGAGAUGGUCGCCCCCAAGAGCCCCCAGCCCAAUGACGAAUCCUCAAGUUCUGACGAGAGCGACAGCGACAGUAAUAGUGACGACGACAGCAGCUCAGAGGAGGACGCAUCCAGUAACGAGAGCGACUCCGAGGAUGAGGAGGACGAUUCCAGCAGUGACGAUAACAACAGCAGUGACUCCGAUAGCUCUUCUCCCGACAAUGCCAACGCGAAUUCCGACAAUGAUAAUAGCAGCGAUUCAGAGUCCGAUUCCAGUGGCAGCAAUGAUGACGACUCGGAUGACGAACCAGUAACUUCAAGUUCCAAACAUGCCAACAUUACCAAGGCUGUAUUCCGGCCCAUCAGCCAACAAUCAGGUACCUUUGAUACGGCCACCCUUGAGCCUUCAAGUGCACCCAACGACCAACUGGCCCAAGGCCCGGUUCCUCCAGGCCAAGGCAAGAACAAAACGAGGAUGAGGAACCAACGACGGAGGCUUUCUGCUAAGAUGAGAAAGACCGCGUCUAGAGACACUUCAAUCAUUGGUUCAACCUCCGGCCAUGAUGCGGAGACCUCGACACCGGCUGACCUAGAGGCCAAGAGGAUGGCCUUGCUCCAGUCACUCGGUCAUCUUGAGUAUCUCGGCAAGCCAGCUGUAGUAGAAAAGCCUGUCGAUAAGCCUGCAGCUCCCGCUACAGAGAUCGAAAAGCCUGAGGCCUCUCCUGACGCCACAACCUCUGCCCCGGCUAAGCGCAAGACGAAGCUCGACGUUGACGCUGGCCGUCGCAUGCUGUUCGGAUCUCUUGGUCUCAAGAACCCCAAGUCUCAAGAGGAUGAGGAGAAGAUCCGCGCUAGCUUGAUGAAGGGUGUCAAGCCUCUGGUCAAUCAUCGUGUGGAGGAUGCGAAGAAAGACGCCGAAGUUACCGUAACCCAAGUCGAUCCUGAUGCUUGGCGCCAAAAGAUCAACUAUAUUGCCGUCGAGUGCGUCGAGGAAGGCAUCGAGCUCAGCGAACCUCCCUUUCCAUUCUACCAACGCUGGGAUCCCCAACAGCAGAACUACUGGGGCAGUGGCCGUGGAGGACCCUCGAAGCGGAAGCAGCAGAACCAGGAGGAGUACGAGGAGGAGGAGCCGGGUACCAAGAAGAGAAAGGUGUCAGACGAAGAGGAGAAUGUUGUCUUGAACUACGACGAGGAGGAUCCCGAUGCUUAUGCGGCUCAGGAUCACCACGAGGAGGAACAAGAUGAGGAAGACUAUGAUGAGGAGGAGGAGUACGAUGAGGAGGAGUACGAUGAGGAGGAGCAUGAGAACGAGGAGGAAGACUUGCCUCCCCUUCCUGCCGAUUUGACCACCCUGUCUCUGCUCCAACCGGGACAGGCCAAGGCUGGAAUGGUCAUCACGUGGAAGCAGUUUCUGCUCUCCAAGGCUACGAACUGGCAACCUCAGGUUAUGAACAUGACGGGAACCGUUGUUGAGGUCUGGGAUCAAAAUGAUCUACGUAUUCUCCUUGCCAAACGGGAUAGGAACCUCGAUGUCAACGAGAAGGUCUAUGAUGAUGAGGGCAACCGAGUCUAUGACAAGUUUGAGGUUCCGGAGGACGAGGAUGACGGCGAUGAGGAUGCCGAAAAGGGUUACCGCACCAUCAACUUGGCCGACAUGAUGGAGCCACGAGUGCUGCGUCAAUCGGAUGAUGAGGUGCUCGUUCCCGAGACCCAACACCAAGGCAACAUCACCCCGGCGACUGAAAAUGUGGAUAGUAAGGCAAGCUCCCGUACUCUCGAUCAUAAGGUGCCUUCGGAGCCCGAGUCCCAAAUUCAGGAAAGCGUCAUCCCUGAUACGUGCCAUGGAAGCUCUGCCGAUCUUCAAGCUGCGCAGGUGACUUCCGCUGGCAAUGUCUCCAUCAUCGACGGUCUCCGCCCGGAAGCCAGCCUGAUCGGAACCGGCUCGCGUCCGGAGGCAUCCGCCUCCGUGUCUCACGACGAACAUCCAAACGUAAGCAACCCCUCGCCACAGCCUGUAACAGCACCCGAACCGCCGUCAUCUCCCCAACAUGGUCCCGGCGCACCCCCGUCCGAAGGCCACAACACCCCUCCGCGCAGCUCCGUUCUCGGUGACGAGCUGCCGGACGCUACGGCUCUCCCUUCCCAGGAGCUUGAAUCCCAGCGUAUUACACUUGAGCCGUUCAACGGAUUCUCUGAUGGACUGGAACAGGCAGCUGACAAUCGGGGUAGCUAUGUUAGCUAUGCUAGGUUUGCUGUCAUCCCUUCCGACACGGGUGGCGUUCGUAGCGGAAGGCAGCCGGACCCGGAGUUCAGCAUUGAUUUGGGAAAUAACGAGAUUCUCGACCGGUUUGAGCUUGCGGAGGAGGAUGAUGUGCCGAUGGCGGGAUCAGAUCACGAAGAUGAUGGCGAGGAGGAUCACCAAGAGGACGAAGAGGAGGAGCAGGAGGAUAUUGAAGAGGAAGAUCAACAGGAUAUUGAAGAGGACGAACAAGAGGAAUCACGACAGUCUACACCUAGACCCCAGCGAACAUCACUAUCCGAAGAACCUGCUAGUCCCGCACUCUCCAACAUGUCUGCUUCAACUGACGACUCCUUCCCCUCUCUGAGCCAAACCAUCACAAAAUCUAGUCAACGCAAAGCCAGCCAGCAGCCCAAAUCAACCCCCAGAGAUGCCGCCCCUAGCACCAGCCAGACUCGUAAAUCCUUGGACGCUGCAAAUCUGGACUACGAGCGGACUAUGAAGCGAUUGGACGAGAAAGAGUCCUCUCAAGAGUCCACUACGAUGGACGACACACAGAUUAAACUAGAGAAGCGUCGCCAAUUAUCCGAGCUCGCCCAGAAACUAUCCAAGACACCCAUCGAGCGUCCACCUCGGAGGCUGCCUUUUCGCCGUACAUCCACCCCUUCCAAGCUGAACCAAACCACCACUGUCACCACGAAGUCGACAAGAACAACUCGCUUCAGUGGUUCCUUCGUCAUCCCCGAGGGUUCGCAAGUCGUCGAGCUCCUGUCUAGCAGCCCUGAGCCUGAGCUGAAUGAAGAUUAUGCGGACGAUGAUGUGGACGAGACGUAUCAUGACUCGAGUCCGGGCACUAGUCAGAGUCAGCAUAGGGCGCCGCCGUCCACAGCCCCUAAUGCGUCGGCUUCAUUUUCGACACCGAGGAGGAAUCUGUUUAGUAGCACGAGGUUGAGUUCCACCCAGGUCGCCAGUCCGAGGAGGAGCCAGCCGAGUAUCAUCACGGGAUCGUUGCGGAAGAAUAGGGGUUCCGCUUCUUCUUCCAAGUAG